GGAGCUCUACAGCCUUCAAAUAUUUGUUUUUUCCUUAUUCUAGCACCAAAUUUCCUCAUUGAAGGCCGAAUCUGAAAUCGAAUCAAGUGCAAUGAAGAAGAGUGAAAGCUAGAAACGCUACAAUCCUGUGGCCCAAGACAACCAUGUGCUUAAAGUUUGCUUGUUAACCAGUGAUUACAGUUUCGUAGUUUUUUCUUUCUUUUUUUUUUUUUAGAUUAGUUUGAAAGCUAGUUAUUUUUUUUGUUGUUUUUUUUGGUGCAAUGGCAGAAUUUGAGUUUAUACAUUAAUGCUUACAUGAAACCUGAGCAGCAUUUAACUGUGAAUAUAAAACUUGGGCUACUUCCCAACUCAUCCUGAUGGACUAAAUAAUGAUGGUGGUGUGUAAAUUCAGUACAACAGCAUGCUGUCUGAGAAGUAGCCGUCGUUUUUCUUUGGAAACAAACAAUACCACUUUCUUCCAUGCUUUUCCAUUUGUAAGUUCAGGUUGUAUAUCACAAAAAGGCCAACUGUUUCUACUAUAGUAUGUUGUGUGCACAACUGUUUCUUUUGUUUUUGUUGUUUUUUUUCAGUUUGCUGUUAAGUUUUCUGAAUAAACCUGACACAUCAAAUGCUAUACAAGUUAAAUAAAAGCCGUUUGGAAAAUUUCAACCUAAAAUGUUUUUGGAUGUAUGCUUUGCUUUCCUCAGUAUAUCACCGAUAUGACGCCUAAAUCCAAAAUGGCCGCUCAUCGUUGCUAGGCAACCGGGCGUAUGCCUGAGGACUGAGGGAAACUAUUAAGCUAUUUAGCACGCAGCUAGCUGUUAAAAUCUUUAACUGUGAAACGUUUGGAAGGCAAAGUGAGAAAAAUUAGUCAGGAAUAACAACAUUUACCUCAGAUUUAUUGGUAAAUCAUUUAGAAAAAGACUUAAAAUUACAACUACACUUAGCAUCAACUGCUAAUCAGACUUCUUAACAAGAUUUCCGCCAAAAAAAAGACUCCAGUUAUAAACACAGGAUUUUUUUUAAAUCUAUUAUUUCACACAUCUACUGUGGAGCUAAUUAUUUAUAUUAUUUAUUGUGUAAAAUGGUUUUGUGACAGGAAUAAUGUGACACACGUCCACAAGUGGGCAGCAAAGCGUUGGUGGAAAUGACGACGCCGGAAGUGACGACAGCGUCUUUGAAAAAGAAGCGGCAGCAGGAAGUACAGUUUUGUCCAAAUGCUUUUGGUUUAAAGAAAGAUUUAAUACAACAUGGCAUUACUGGCACCUUACAGCAAAAUACCCGAACUGAACACUGCAACCAUUUUAUUGGUUGAAAACGAGGAGAAGGUUCAGUCCAAACUAGCUGACGCCAUAGUGCAGAGGGAAAAAGACGUCAACGUCAAUGUACGUCUGGCUUGUAAGCUGCCCCUCCCCGUGGAGAACAGUGAGACCCGGCCCCGUGUGGAUCUGGUGGUGUUUAUAGUGAACCUCCUGUCCGAGCGCAGUCUUCAGGUGGUGGAGAAUUCCCUCAAUCACCUGAGAUCCGAUUUUUUCCUCGGGAAGGUGUGCUUCAUGGUCACCGAUGCACGGUGUGGUGCUCUGGCUCAGGAGCGUUUGCUCAGUGUGAAGAAACUUGCUGCGUCUCAUCGCUGCCCUGUAAUCUGCGCCGAACACCAGACUGAAGACGGCAUCAGCAUGGCAGCGUCGAGACUCCUCACCGUCCUGAAGGUGUCAGCCGGUCUGUCUCCCGUGGCGACCACAGCGCUCUACCUGUCCACGCUGACCCGCUGCACCGUGCCCUCUGAGCUCGAUGAGGACUGACGUCUCACUCCUCUACUUUUCCCUGUGUCUUUUCAGUUCCUGCAUUAGUAUCAUCUCUGACCUGAUUCCUGCAGAGUCAGUAGUAAUAAUAGGGAAUCUGAGGAAAAUCCAGAUAAGCGUAUACGCCUCAGUCUUUCCAUUCAGACCGUUAACGUGAGGUUCGCUGAGCACACAGGAGUUUUAGUGUCUAAAUUUGCCUAAAUUUCAAAAGCUCCUAUUUGCAACCUCUGAGGUUCCAGGUUAUAUCAGUUUACCUACAGGUCACUUCGUAGGUGUGAGGUUACUGACUGGUGCUCUUCUGGUGAACAGAAUUGUGGGAUUGCCAACAAAGAAAAGGGUAUAUGAUAAAUUUGGAGACAAAAAACGAGGCACCUUGAUGAGCAACUGACCUCUUUUUACAAAGUAACAAUUAGACUACAGAGUGUCCCAAAGUCUCCAUACAGAGGGGGAAUUAACACUUUUUAGCAAAAAUGUCUUCCCAAAUUUUUCCUAUUUAGUUUAUAUUAUGUAUUUUUUUUUCGUAUAACCUUUAAGAAUGCCUUUGAUGAAAGAAGAAUGUAUUGAAAUUGUUCUCAUGGCUGGAUCAGGAAGCUGUCGCAAAGUUGCGAUGGACUUGAACAGGAAACUUGAGCAGGAAACAGGAAACUGGCGUCAAAUUUAUUAACAAAUUCAUAAAGACUGGAAGUGUUGCGGACCGACCGAGACGUGGUGCUGGCAGACACGGUCCCCUGUGUAUGGAGACUUUAGGGACACCCUGUACAGCCACAUCCACCAUUAUCCUGCAGUGUCACCUGGACGGAUUUGACCUGACGUUAGGUUUGUUGUCCAGACUCUGGUCGCUUUUUGUGCUUCAUUUCCAAGCAGAACGCAACACUGACACGCCCAAGUCCCAUCAGGUCGACUCUGUGUGUGAUUUGUGUGUGAUGGUGCGCUGGCACACAGCAGGUAAAACCGAAACUGACACACAGCAGACUGUAGCUGAAUUGUUCACCCAGUCAUGGAACAGUGGAAUAGAGAUGACAGGAAGCUUCUCAAGAGCCUUAUGGAUCUUCACCUGACAGGAUUGAUGCUGUUAUUAAGGUGACGAUAGGCGUAAUGAAGAAAAGACACGUGUGUGUGUGUGUGUGUGUGUGUGUGUGUGUGUGUGUGU